UUUUUAUAGUCACUUUAAAAUUUCCGUGUAAAAAAAGUUUGAUAAGAAAAAUGUCGAACGGGAAUAAUCAAUGUUUUACGAAGAUCUGGGAUCUGGGGAAAUGGAAUUCGACGGAUAUAAAGCACUACCAUUCUAUAUCGCGCAUCCAAAAACAGCUUCGCAUUGGAAACUGGGAAUAUCUCUGUCAACAUCCAGAAAUACGGGCCAUCAUUCGGGUAAUUCUGCACCAGGCCCUCAAUGCAAAGCCAAAGCCUGAAAAUCUCCGAAAAUUUGUGGCAGAUUUGUUUAACUGUGGACAGAACCCACUUCUAGUACCUAUGAUAAACACCCAGCUGAAGUACGUUAAGGACCAGUUGAAACAGGGCCGCUGGAGUCGGUUUGAUGCAGAGAUGCUCUUUAUGGAGAGUCCUUCGACGCACUCGCUCCUUUCAACAGCCUCUGAAGACAGCAAUGUUCAUCCCGUCCUCACAUAUGCACUCGUCUUUAAGAAGCCCGACGAGUGCGGCAUCGAUAAUCCUCCAUUCUAGAAAUCAAACACUAAUAAGCAUUAUUAGUAAUACUAACACUUUUAAGAUCUGUUGUUAAAAAUUAAACUCAAUAAUAAAUUUAGAUCCAUUUUCAA